GAUAAAGCCAACGUGACUGGCACUAGUUUACCAAGUGAUAUAGAGAUAAGGUCGAAGAAAACUCACCUUGUCGAUAAUACAUAUCGUUGACUGUAUUCCCGUAUACUUUCCAUGCAAAGUGAAUUGCGACAAGACUAAAAAUUAACCAGCUGAGUAAGAUUUUGAAUAUGGAGACUCUCAUAUCGUUGGCGAGCCAGUCGUCAACAAAUUCGGAUAGGAACGACAAGCAGCUGUCAGCGAUGCGGGAAAAAAACUCAAAAUCCCACGGUUCCUCCAUAGUGUCUGGUUAUUCAGCUUGUGUGGAAUAAAUAUGGUGAACUCUUCAUCCGAUUGAUACUUUAAAAAAACGUCGCUUUGGCUAGGUAACGUUAGCACAUGACAUCCUGGUCGCCAUCUCUACCAUUAGCGAAUUUGCGUUUCCUAGGAUGGCGAAGCCAUCGGGAAGGUAUGGCCGGCCCUACUCUCCCUCUGAUUGGCUAGUACGAUAGCUAGCUAGUCCUCGUUCCCUUCGUUGGUUGGGUUGGUUAGGUCAGGUUUAGGCAAGACCCGUGGGAUUGGUUAGGGUUAGGAUAGGGUAAGCCAAUAAGAGGCAGAGUAAGGCAGAGUAGGGCGGGGCAUGCCUUGGCCAUCCUAGGCAUGGAUGUGAUCCAAGGGGGGAAAAAACUCAGCUACCGAGUUUGAUGCGGUUUGUUGUUGACGUCGCGCAGCCCUAGCUCGCCACGAUAAACGUCCUAAUAAAUAGUGUUAUCUUAUAUGUUUUUCUUUUAUUGAACAACAUAUUACAUUAUUAAUAUACUAAAGUAUCUAUGUGUCAAUACAUCCCACUAUUGAGUAUUUCAGUUUUGCAACUGAAAACGUAGCUAUGCUAGUAAUACCCUAUUUUAUACAGUCUAUAAAAAUGGUAAACUGGUUAGCUAACUUAGCUUGUACCCCCCAUUUGUAAACUCAGCAAUCCCAUAGUGUUCUCUACGCAAACCCCAGAAAAACAUUUUAUCGACCUGGACAUACAGGGAACCUCUGUCAGACGACCAAAAUACCACUGAAGAUACAAGUUGCUGCUGGAUAACAGUUGCCGGGCUGCUGAUGAAAGUUGAUGUAGCGAAUUAGAUAUUCAACCCGACAUUUUGACGGUACAAAAACUGACUGGGAUGGUAUCAUGGAGAGAGACAAUCAUCAAGAAGGAGAGGCACAGGGAGUAAAGAUUUGUGAUCCACCCUGUGAGAGCAAUCCACCUGCUGAAACUUUGGCGACUUCUCUUUCCCUAUUGGGGAAUCACAUGUUUCCUGAUCCAGUGGAGAGUAAGGACAGUAACGUUACCACUGUUAACAAAGAGGAGCCUCCGGAUUCACUCCUGUCAGAUGUUACUGCAGAGGAGAAGAGUCUGGAUGCAGAGCCCCAUUCUGACCACGUAACAAAGCUACAGACUGAGGAGACAGACAACUCUGAGUGUCAGAACAAUGUGUCCACCCAGCCGCCUGACCGAGGAACCGAGGAUGCUGCAGCUGACAAUGACCAGAGCGACUCUGGGGAGUUUGUCGUUACAAUGUUGGCCAAGGCCAAGCUGGAGGAGCAAGGAAUAGGUGUGAAGGGAAGGUCAUCUCCCUUGUUGGAGGCAGGCACCCAGGAAUAUCCUGCUUUUAUGUCUCAUCGUGAUGAGGAUGUGACAGCUGACAGCUGGCGGCAGCACAGGAAGCAUGUUUUUGUGCUGAGUGAAGCAGGUAAACCCAUCUAUUCCCGAUACGGCAGUGAAGAGGCUCUUUCAUCUACAAUGGGAGUCAUGAUGGCGCUGGUUUCCUUUGUUCAAAGUGGAGAUAAUAUCAUUCGCUCAGUCUAUUCAGAGGAGCACACCGUGGUGUUCUUACAGAAAGGGCCCCUAGUGCUGGUGUGCGUCUCUAGCAGUCGGCAGACUGAGCAGCAGCUGUGUGGAGAGCUCCUCUAUGUGUACUAUCAGAUCAUCAGCAUGCUCACCCAGGCCAGCAUAUCCCGCAUCUUUGAACACAAGAAAAACUACGACCUGAGGAGACUCCUGGCUGGCUCAGAGAAGAUCCUGGACGGUCUUCUCAACCUGGUGGAUUCUGACCCCAGCUUCCUGCUUGCAGCAGUACACUGCUUGCCUUUAGCCUCCUCUCUCAGGGACAAUCUCAGCCAGAUCCUGCAGAAAGCGAUCACCCCCAAUCUGGUUUUCUCCAUCCUCAUUGCCAAGAACCAGCUGCUCACCAUCGUCCAAGAAAAGACAGUCAUCGAGGACACCAGGCUGGAGCCCGCUGACAUUCAUCUCCUGCUCAACCUCAUCGGAGCCUCCUCUGCCUUUCAGGCUGGGGAGAUCUGGACUCCCAUCUGCCUUCCCCUCUUUAAUCCUGACUGUUACUUUUAUGCAUACAUUUCUUACCUGGACCCUCCAGAAUGCACUGUUUGCUUGCUGCUGCUCUCGACAGACAAGGAGGCUUUCUACGCUGUAGCUGAGUGCAAAAGGAAGAUAGAGGAGGCCAUGAUGGCGCAGAACUCCCUGAGCCUCAUUGACAAAGUCCAUUCGUACAGCGUGAGCCAGGUGGGCGUCUCAGACCUCAGACACUUCAUGUACAAGCCCUUUGAUGUGCCAGACAACUACCGCCAGCUCACUCAGUUCACCAGCCCAGAGAUGGAGGCCCCGUACGGCAGCGAAGAGGAGAAAAUGAGACUGCUGGACCUUUAUCGUUAUAUGCACAGCCGCAUCCACAGCACUUCACGACCCCUCAAGCUCAUCUACCACGUCGCUGAGAGGGAAACUCUGCUAGCCUGGGUCACAAGUAAAUUUGAGCUGUAUACCUGCUUCAGUCCCCUGGUGACAAAGGCCUGUGCUAUUACUGCUAUCACUAAGCUUCUAAGGUGGAUUAAAAAGGAGGAGGACCGUCUCUUCAUCAGAUACCCCCCAAAGUAUUCAACCACACCAAACCCCAGCAAGAGCUCUCGAGGUGGGAAAUCUGACCAGCAAGACUCCACAGACAACGGCGUCUUAUCCCUUCUAUAGGACUCUCUUAGUGCUACAAUAGUUGCUCCGCCUCAUUCAACAAUAGUUUGUACACUGGUUCCAAGAUAUUUUUUUGAACCCUUUUGACACUUGUUGGACUGACAUUGACUACUGGAAUUAAACACUACAAACGUUUUACAGUAUUUAAGAAGGAAUGAACUUUUUUAAAACUGUUAUUAUUUCUUUACCUUAACAAGAAAGCAUGUCAUUACAUCACUGCUUUCAAUCAGAAACAGUCAGGGCAAAACAGCAUUAAUAAGUUUUAAAUUGAACUGUGGUAGAAAAUAAUUGCAAUGAUAUUUAAAUGUUUUUAUAAUGUUUCAUUACUGCAACAAGAGAGAAAAUUUCAUCACGGACAGUGAAUGUAUCACACAAAUGACUUUUUCAUCGCAGUUAAGUUGAGGAGUGAAAUUAAUUUAAGCUACCUUUCUCAGACUAGUUCUUAGAUAUAGAUUUCUUGUAUGAAUCAAAAACAUCUCAAUGUCACAAAACAGGAUAUGCAAGUAUAUUUUGUUUUUGGGCUCAACAUAAACUGGAAUAACUGAAACUGCCAGAACAGGGAUGGGCCACCAUGUGUCAUACACGGUCAUGAACUGGCAAAUUUCCCUCUAUGGAUUUGGUCGCACAUCCCUGUGACAGAACUUGAAAACAUCGUAUUGUUGUGUAUCCCACCAAUGUUUCUAUUUAUCAGAUUUCAAUUAUGUUACAUUUUGUGCAGAAAACAAGUAGGAAAUCCCAGCCUGUUACACACUUCACUUGAUCAUUGUCAUUGUUAGUGUUUUCAUUGUCGUCUAGUUAGGCCAAGAAGAUGCCACUGAGCUCACGCAGUGUUUAUCUGCAGAUACUUCUAGUACUUUAUCAGUCGACACUUAAUGUAGUGACUUCAGACGACUUAUCUUUUUGGAUAAUAGUUUUGUAAAGAUGGUCUAUAAACACUAGCCUCAUCCUUGUGUCCUUUGAGGAAUUUCCUGUCAAUUCAAGUCUCAAGAGUAUGUUUAUAGUAGUAUAAAAUAAAUCCCAGUUUGCACAAAU